UGACAUUUCCCUUAUCUAUGAUACUUCCUAACCUUAAAUUUCUUAACAAUUUAGUAAAAUUAAUACCGUCUUAUUAUAGCAUUUUGUUAAAGAAAAUUUAAUUUUAUUCUCAAAUCAAUCAUGGAUUCUCUUUCCGGAGGUCUUACAAGUUCCCAAAAAGACGAAUUAAUGGAUCAAGUAAAGCAGCAAAUUGCCGUUGCAAAUGCUCAGGAAUUGCUGACGAAAAUGACCGAGAAAUGCUUUAAAAAGUGCAUAGCAAAACCUGGCACAUCAUUAGACAGUUCAGAACAGAAAUGCAUUGCGAUGUGCAUGGAUAGGUACAUGGAUUCUUGGAAUUUAGUUUCCAAAACAUACAGUUUACGAAUUCAAAAAGAAAGAAGUAUAAUGUGAAUAAAGUAACUGAGUGUAGUUGUAAAAUGUAAAUUGUAUUUUGUACGUAAUUGUUUAAGCUAUAAAAACAUUUGCAUGGUCUGAUUUGUAAAAUAACAGUUGUUAUUACAUUGUUUUUUAUACCCUAAUGGGUAAUUCAUACUGUGUAUGUAUGUACAUACAAAAAUAAACACUCAUUGCUAG